GAGGCGUUAUCCGUCGGGUCUCGAGGGUUUUUAGGGCUUAGUUACGAUCCGGCAUUAAGGCCUCUCCUCCUCCAUUUUCAAUCGAAGCUUCGUCGCAGGGAGGUUUGGAUUUGGCCGUCAUGGAAUCGUAUGGAACGGAGACGGUUCGUGACGAUGAGACUAAGUACGUUAAACCCUCUGACCAGGUUGACGAUGAGGGCGAUAAAUCUCAUCCUCACGCCGGUGGCGGCGUCGAUAGCCCCGGAAAAAUUUUUGUUGGAGGUUUAGCCAGGGAGACUACUUCAGCCGAAUUUGUCAAGCAUUUUGGGAAAUAUGGAGAAAUCACGGAUUCUGUGAUUAUGAAGGACCGGAAAACCGGGCAGCCCCGUGGAUUCGGGUUCGUGACAUAUGCUGACCAAUCUGUGGUCGAUAAAGUCAUCCAGGACACUCACGUUAUAAAUGGGAAACAGGUUGAGAUUAAACGGACCAUACCUAGAGGAUCUAUGGGUUCCAAUGAUUUCAAGACCAAGAAAAUUUUUGUCGGUGGAAUUCCUUCGUCUGUAAAUGAUGAUGAGUUCAAGGAAUUCUUUAUGCAAUUUGGAGAGGUGAAAGAACACCAGAUUAUGCGUGACCACUCAUCUGGGAGAUCCCGUGGCUUUGGAUUUGUUACGUAUGACAAUGAAGAUGUGGUUGAUGAUCUCUUGGUGAAAGGAAACAGGAUUGAGUUUGCCGGGGCUCAGGUAGAGAUAAAAAAGGCAGAGCCAAAGAAACCGAACUCGGUUCCACCACCAGCAAAGAGGUUCAGUGACUCAUCAAGGUCUAGCUUUGGUGGUGGAUAUGGUGACGGCUAUGGUGGUGGACACAGUGGCGGAUAUGGUGGUCCUUACAAGUCAGGUGGUGGCUAUGGAGGCGGCAGAUCAAGCGGGUUUGGAGGUUACCCAGGUGGCGAUUUUGGAGGCUACGGAGGAUAUGGCGGUGGCUUUGGGCCUCACAGAGGAGGUGGAGGAGGAGAACCAGCCCUCGGAUACUCGGGUCGAUACGGAGGAGGAGGAGGAGGUGGCGGUUAUAACCGGAGUGGUUAUGGAAUGGGCGGUGGUGGGUAUGGUGGUGGACCUGGUGACAUGUACGGCAGCCCUUAUGGUGGACCAGGAGGUGGGUACGGUGGUGGACCUGGUGGUGGCUAUGGCGGUGGAGCCGGAGCCGGUGGUGGGUACGGUGGUAUGGGUAGUGCCGGUGGAGCAGGAGGCGGCUAUAGAGGAGGAGGUGGCUAUGAAAUGGGCGGUGGAGGAUAUGGUGGAGGAGGCUCGUUCUAUGGAGGAAGUAGAAGUGGCUAUGGCGGCGGUGGAAGUGGCCGGUAUCAUCCGUACGGAAGGUAGAAACUUGUGAACGAAAGCGAGUUGAAGUGGAGAUCGAAGGUUGAUUGUAACAUUGUAAUUUGAGUGUGGCUUUUUAGGUUCGUUUUCUGAUUUAGAUUAGAAGACUUUGACCAAAAAAAAAAGAGAAUUCGUCGGCUCAGAUUCUGCAGAUUCUUUUGAUCUUAUCUUUGGUAAGAAUAAACUGUUUGAUACUGCAUGCAUAUUA